AUGGCGACCCAACACGCGCACCAUCGCAAUCCCUCGCACUCUAAAAGGGCCGCGCAGUCCCACCCGCGCGUCUCGAGGCCUGCGCUGCUCAAGCGUUCCAGCAAGUCGGCGAACAAAGUCCCCCAGCUCGCCGCCCAGCGCAAGGACGAAGAGCCCGAAGACGACGCCAUGGCCGCCAGCUUUCUGAACUUCUGCACUGUGUGCGAGAAGCAGAUCAUUGUGCCGAACAACUCGAUCCUCUACUGCUCCGAAAGUUGCCGGAAGAAGGACAACACCAAGACCAUUACCUUUGAGCCGUCGCCGCCUCCGACGCCAUACUCUCUCCGCUCCUACGAGGACUUCUCUCCUUCCCGCGACAUCGUUCCUCCUCGCUCCCCUACUGCCAUUCCCUCAAAACGCCUCUCGUACGGUUACUCCGAUGGCUCCGACGACGAAGCACCCGAGUGGUCCCAGGAGAAGUCGAAGGAGUCGGACGCGGCCCCGGUCUUCUACCUCGACAGUGGCAUCGACAACAAGUACAGCGCCAUCGUUGUCACACACGCCGAGCAGUUCUACCAGCAUGUCGAUACCGUACACACCCGCAAGUCGACCGCUGCCGAGACGGAACCCUCAUGGAUCCUCUUACGGCACCCGUUCAAUCGAUCUCGUCAACCCCUUUUCGGCCGCUCACCCGACGACGGCCCCUUCAAGUCUGACCCAAUGGUCAUUCAAGAGCGGACCGAGCUGCAAGAUGUCAACCGGGCUUGCCGAGGGCGAAUUGGAGCUGUUUGA